AUGGACCAACUUCUCCGAUUGGCUCCUGCACAGCUGCUGGUAACCAUAUACACUGGGGACCAUAUUGCACCCAUAACUAUGGGAACCGGGGAUGGUGUAUAUGAAGGACACACCGUCAAACAGAGAGAGAUGAGGGGGGGGGGGGGAUGUACUGACUGACUAGUGGUCUUUAUGGGUCCACAGUAAGUGUGUAUAUAGCCCAAGCCUUUCUCUGUGCAUCUCCUGAAUACUACUCCAGUCCUUUACUCCAGUACUGCUCUACAACAUGUUUGCUUUAAUGGACACUUCUGCCAGUCUGCGAAUCUGUCCUCUGACAGCUUUCAUUCACCUGGCAGUGUGCAUACCUCAGAGCGGGACUGUGUGUGACUUUUGAACCCCAGAGGGCCAAAUACUUUGCUGUGUGAGAAAUUGUGAUUGUGUCAGGACAGUCCUAAUAUGUACGCCAUAGUCUUGCAGCCAUCCAGACGUAGAUUACACACACACACACACACACACACACACACACACACACACACACACAAAUGGCUGUAUAGGUAGGUCAGUGCAGAGAGAGAGGUGGUAGGUGACGCGGGGUGUGUUAGUAUUUGGAGUGGACAACGACCGCAACCUAAAUCUGUUAGUCCACUUCAGUCUGGUUUGAACCUAUAGAUUGUUUCUGAAUGUGACCCAGAAUGAAGACUGAUAUUUCUCUAGGCUUUAUAUAUUAGGAGAACCAGCUGUGCUGCUGUGACUACAGUCGUGACGUCUGUUUAACUGAAGGACAUGAAUGCACAGCUUGGUUGUAGAAAAGAGAGGGAAGUGGAGAAACGAUUUGUUCACUCAAUUUUAAUUUCAGGUUUUUUUUUCUUUUUUUCAUGCAGUAGAACGUUCCUCGUCUGUGAUAUCCAUGCAUUUCCACAGCUGUGACCUGCAUGUGGGGCUGGGGAGUUAGAGGAGGGUUUAUGUGUUAGGGGUGUUGAUAUUAUUAGAAGCCUACACAGGUCAUUCAGGGGGAAGUGAUGUCGUUUUAGAGAGAGACCUUUCAGGGUAUCUUUUAUUUUUUUAAACCAAAUGAAUGGGUUUUUGUUUUUGUUGCAACUACUUUGUCGCACCUUUUUAACAUAAUGUGUUACUAGAUGUUCAAUGUGCCAAAUACCUGUCGCUGAUUGGCUGACUGUUCUGGACCAAUGAGAAUCCUCCUAUCUUAACUUGGACACCUGCGGGGUUUGAACCCCUCACAGCACCAGCCUCUGGCCACACACACACUCUCUCAACCCUUGAAUCUGAGGAAUGUGUAUUUCUAAAGGGUACAAAACUGUGACCAAACUGGUGAUGUGGAACAGAAGAGUGUGAGGAGAGGUGUUUGUGUUUGUCCCAGCAUGGAGUGAAUCUGGCAUUCAGCACCUCCACUUGUCACACACACAGGGCUUGGUUGUAAUGGGUUUAUUCAGUGUGUGUGCGUACAUGCAUGAGUGUGUGUGUGUGUUGCAUUCAAUCGCUUGUCAGUAUGUUUAUUUAGUGGAGAUGUUUUUGUCGACAUCUUCUACGCGCACACACAAGCUCAACGACAAAACAAGACAAUGAAAAAGGGUGGCAUAUCGGAAAACUAACAAAAAAUGUAAGUGUGUAUGUAUAUAUACACACACACACACACACACACACACACACACACACACACACACACACACAUACAUAUAUAUAUUACAGUUGAAGUUGGAAGUUUACAUACACCUUAGCCAAAUACAUUUAAACUCAGUUUUUCACAAUUCCUGACAUUUAAUCCUAGUAAAGAUUCCCUGUUUUAGGUCAGUUGGGAUCACCACUUUAUUUUAAGAAUGUGAAAUGUCAGAAUAAUAGUAGAGAGAAUGAUUUAUUUCAGCUUUUAUUUCUUUCAUCACAUUCCCAGUUGGUCAGAAGUUUACAUACACUCAAUUAGUAUUUGGUAGCAUUGCAUUUGAAUUGUUUAACUUGGGUCAAACGUUUCGGGUAGCCUUCCACAAGCUUCCCACAAUAAGUUGGGUGAAUUUUGGCCCAUUCCUCCUGACAGAGCUGGUGUAACUGAGUCAGGUUUGUAGGCCUCCUUGCUCGCACACGCUUUUUCAGUUCUGCCCACAAUUGUUCUAUAGGAUUGAGGUCAGGGCUUUGUGAUGGCCACUCCAAUACCUUGACUUUGUUGUCCUUAAGCCAUUUUGCCACAGCUUUGGAAGUAUGCUUGGGGUCAUUGUCCAUUUGGAAGACCCAUUUGCGACCAAGCUUUAACUUCUUGACUGAUGUCUCGAGAUGUUGCUUCAAUAUUUCCACAUAAUUUUCCUUCCUCAUGAUGCCAUCUAUUUUGUGAAGUGCACCAGUCCCUCCUGCAGCAAAGCACCCCCACAGCAUGAUGCUGCCAGCCCCGUGCUUCACGGUUGGGAUGGUGUUCUUCUUCUUGCAAGCAACCCCCUUUUUCCUCCAAACAUAACGAUGGUCAUUAUGGCCAAAGAGUUCUAUUUUUGUUUCAUCAGACCAGAGGACAUUUCUCCAAAAAGUACGAUCUUUGUCCCCAUGUGCAGUUGCAAACCGUAGUCUGACUUUUUUAUGGUGGUUUUCGAGCAGUGGCUUCUUUGCUGAGCGGCCUUUCGGGUUAUGUCGAUAUAGGACUCGUUUGACUGUGGAUAUAGAAACUUUUGUACCGGUUUCCUCCACCAUCUUCACAAGGUCCUUUGCUGUUGUUCUGGGAUUGAUUUGCACUUUUCACACCAAAGUACGUUCAUCUCUAGGAGACAGAACGCUUCUCCUUCCUGAGUGGUAUGAUGGCUGCGUGGUCCCAUUAUGUUUAUACUUGCGUACAAUUGUUUUUACAGAUGAACUUGGUACCUUCAGGCGUUUUGGAAAUUGCUCCCAAGGAUGAACCAUAAUUUUUUUUCCUGAGGAUUUCUUUUGAUUUUCCCAUGAUGUCAAGCAAAGAGGCACUGAAUUUGAAGUUAGCCUUUGAAAUACAUCCACAGGUAGACUCAAAUUAUGUCAAUUAGCCUAUCAGAAGCUUCUAAAGCCAUGACAUCAUUUUCUGGAAUUUUCCAAGCUGUUUAAAGGCACAGUCAACAUAGUGUAUGUGAACUUCUGACCCACUGGAAUUGUGAUACAGUGAAUUAUAAGUGAAAUAAUCUGUCUGUAAAAAAUUGUAAAUAUUACUUGUGUCAUGCACAAAGUAGAUGUCCUAACCGACUUGCCAAAACUAUAGUUUGUUAACAAGAAAUUUGUUGAGUGGUUGAAAAACGAGUUUUAAUGACUCCAACCUAUGUGUAUGUAAACCUCCAACUUUAACUGUAUAUGUGUGUGUAUAUAUAUAUAUAUAUAUGUGUGUGUGUAUUAAUUGACCGAAAUGCUCUAGGUUUAUUUAAAAAGAUUUAACAAUGUAGAGACGAUCUUCGGAUGAGGAUGCGCUGUGUGAGCGUUGGGGUUUUGAAGUGAGUAAAUCUGUUUGUGGUGAAGACUUUGGCUCGGAUCUUGCUCAUAAAGAAUUUAGCUAUCGUACCUGCAAAUUACCAGAUUAUUUUUGUUUAAAUACCGGACUCUUGCUCGUUCAUAUUUAUUGUGUGUUUUGGGGAAAUAGCACCCUCUGUCUACGAGCUCGCGCCAGAGGUCUCGCUGUAGAGUAUUCCGGUUUACACACCCAUCAGACAAAUUAUUUUAAAUGUGCCACAAACAAACGCAAAUACUACUGGCUUUGGGUUACUAUUACCAUUAAAGUUAUGAUGAUGAUUACUGUUAUUGAUAAUAUUAUUAAAUGAUUAUUGUUAUUACAUUUGUUUUAAUUAAUUUUGUUAUAUUGUUUUUAAGACAGGUAGGAGCAUAUGUGUUGGACUGCUUAUAUAAAACAGUUCAGAAAUAAAUAAAUACACUUUUUUUGUGUUACUUUGUGUAACGUGUGGUUUGUUGACCUGUUGAGCCAAUACUUUAGUACACUACACACAGUAUGUCAUCAUAUCAAAGGGAGGUCUGAAUUUCUAUGAGUUCACAUGUUGUUCAUGUUCAAACCUAAACAUGGGGGUCGGGGGAUGUAAUGUUCAUUCUUUAGAAAUACUGUGGUAACAGCAGCCAACUGUCUAAUGCCAAUUUAUCUUCCCAUAUCAUCCAACUAAUGAAAUAAGGAUGCAUUUAUUCAAACCCGUUUUAUUCCACAUUUUAAUUUAAAAACAUGGGGAAAUACACUGGUGCACAGACACUGAACUAUUGAUACCAUAAAACAACGUUAAAAAAAAUAUAUCAAUACCUAAGUUUCCAAAAAAGGGUUCUUGGACCAUGUCCCACUUGAUGUGCCCUCCCUCUGAAACCUGUUUUGUAUACUGCCCAAGGGGGUGCUGGACUAUUCAAAAGGACCAGUCAAUAAACUGGGGGCUUCUUGGGAUAGGUCAGGGGUCGCAACCCUCUUUCCUCCCCCUUCCUCACCUCUUCUGUCCCCCUCACUCCACUCCUAAUUUCCCCUAGCUCCUCUCAUUUUCUCUUAUUUUCUCACCCUCUUCCCCCUUUCCCUCCCCUACGUUUCUCCCUCACCCCUCUGGUACCCCCCCCCCCCCCCCCCCCCCAUCCAGCCAUCUUCCUUUCUCUAUGAGGCUCCUCCUCUUCUCCUCCCCCUCUCAGCUGUAGCUGUCAGUCAGGUUAGAACGGCAGCUGAUUUCUACCCCUCAAGACAGAGAUACAUGGCUUUUUCUAGCUGUUGCUAGAAGUGGAGUGGGCUUUGGGUUUGUGUGUGUGUUCAGUCUUCCAAUAUCAACAGCAAUCCAUCCCUCCUUUGUCCAUGUCCCAAUAGACUCCAAAACAUUCCAGCUUUCCCCUCUCUCGCCUCAGUUUUUGCAUGCUAUUUAUCUGUUGGUUUGUUUAGGCCUAGAGUCCAAACCUUAGGCAAAUCAAGACACAGGGUGAAUGGUAGUUUGCUACAACAUUGUCUUACCUCAUUGCUUUUCCCCCAACUGUAUUCUCCCCCCUGUCAUAUACUAGCGUCCUGUUUUCCUAACAGGGUAGUAUCCCCUACCCACCAGUCCCACUAUAUUUAUAGCGCAAUCUGUUGGCAUGCAAGCUGCCUCGUGUGUGUGUGUGUGUGUGUGGGAGUAAGAGAACGAGAGAGAGAGAGAGAUGCUGUCUGUGUCACACUAUUUCUGACUGCAUUGCUGAGUGCCCAACUCGGCUCGUCUGAAUGUGUGUGUCUGUGUGUGUGUCUGUUUGACGGUGGGACAGUGAGCCUCUCGCUUUGGCCUCGCAGGAUUGGGAUUAUAAACCAGUACAUUUUGAGUUCCAUCAUAAGGUAGGUGGUUUGUGUGUUUUAGUAUGUAUUUCUGUGAAAUGCCAGAGUUUGUUCUCAUAACUUUAUUUAUAGAGCCCGGGGUGGACUGAUGGACAGAUAGGGGAGAGAGGGUUAAGGGAAAAGGAUAGGACGGGAAAGAGAGGGGGAGAGAAAAGAGAGGGUAAGGGAGGACAAGGGAGAGGGGUACAGUAGCUGCCUGACUGUGACUUUGCCACUAGUCUGCUGUUUCAGACAGAAUAGAACAGAGACUGGGUCAGGUCAUGGCCAAUUCUGUCUGGGUUGACAGGGUUGUAGCUACUGUAAUGUCAUAGUUGUGUUGAUUUGGUGGGUCACAAGAAAAUUAGAAUUGCUUCAGGUGGGAGACAAAAGUUUGGAAACCACUGGAGUUGAGCCACUGUUCCCGUGAACAUGCCAUGGACACAGCGUUAUGGCGGCACUGUUAGAUCUGACACAGUUAAACGGUUGCUUAACACCAUUAUCCCAGAAACCCUAGACACACUCCAAUUUGCAUACCGCCCCAACAGAUCCACAGAUGAUGCAAUCUCUAUUGCACUCCACACUGCCCUUUCCCACCUGGACAAGAGGAACACCUACGUGAGAAUGCUAUUCAUUGACUACAGCUCAGCGUUCAACACCAUAGUGCCCUCAAAGCUCAUCACUAAGUUAAGGAUCCUGGGACUAAACACCUCCCUCUGCAACUGGAUCCUGGACUUCCUGACGGGCCGCCCCCAGGUGGUAAGGGUAGGUAACAACACAUCUGCCACGCUGAUCCUCAACACGGGGGCCCCUCAGGGGUGCGUGCUCAGUCCCCUCCUGUACUCCCUGUUCACCCAUGACUGCAUGGCCAGGCACGACUCCAACACCAUAAUUAAGUUUGCCGACGACACAACAGUGGUAGGCCUGAUCUCCGACAACGAUGAGACAGCCUAUAGGGAGGAGGUCAGAGACCUGGCCGUGCGGUGCCAGGAUAACAACCUCUCUCUCAAUGUGAUCAAGACAAAGGAGAUGAUUGUGGACUACAGGGAAAAAAAGAGGACUGAGCACGCCCCCAUUCUCAUCGACAGGGCUGUAGUGGAACAGGUUGAGAGCUUCAAGUUCCUGGGUGUCCACAUCACCAACGAACUAUCAUGGUCCAAACACACCAAGACGGUCGUGAAGAGGGCACGACAAAGCCUAUUCCCCCUCAGGAGACUGAAACGAUUUGGCAUGGGUCCUCAGAUCCUCAAAAAGUACUACAGAUGCACCAUCGAGAGCAUCCUGACUGGUUGCAUCAGCACUUGGUAUGGCAACUGCUCGUCCUCCGACCGCAAGGCACUACAGAGGGUAGUGCGUACGGCCCAGUACAUCACUGGGGCCAAGCUUCCUGCCAUCCAGGACCUCUAUACCAGGCGGUGUCAGAGGAAGGCCCUCAAAAUUGUCAAAGACUCCAGCCACCCUAGUCAUAGACUGCCGCACGGCAAGCGGUACCGGAGUGCCAAGUCAAGGUCCAAAAGGCUUCUCAACAGCUUCUACCUUCUCAACAGCUUCUAACAGCCAUACGACUCCUGAACAGCUAAUCAUGGCUACCCGGACAAUAUUUACUAUCCCCCCCACCCCACCCCAUCCCCCCUCUUUUAUGCUGCUGCUACUCUGUUUAUUAUUAUGCAUAGUCACUUUAACUCUAACCACAUGUACAUAUUUAACAUCAAUUAACCUCGGUAUGCCAGUGCCCCCACACAUUGACUCUGCACUGUACCACCCGUAUAUAGCCUCCCUACUGUUAUUUUAUUUUACUGCUGCUUUUUAGUUAUUUGCUUAACACUUUUUUAAUCUAUUUUACUUUGCAUUGUUGGUUAAGGGCUUGUAAGCAUUUCACUGUAAUGUCUACACCAGUUGUAUUCGGCGCAUGUGGCAAAUAAAAUGUGAUCUGAUUUGAUUGACAUAUCACCCAGAAAUGUGUUAUGGUGAAUCAACAGGUUAACACUGAAGUAUAAAUAUCUAUUAAGAUGGUGGUCUGACUGUCAUCUAACCUACAUAACCUACAUCACUCAGAGAUUAGUUGGCGUAGGCUUCAUUGGUGUUGUGUUGCUUCGAGACUGUCCACAACAGGUAUGUCUUCGUGUGUGUCCAUCCCUAGACCCAAUACUUGCAUAAAACCAGGCACCACUUUUCUCCUUCCUACCACACACCACCUGAGCUGCCCUUCACCCAACUGAGAUUCUGUACAGGUCUCCGUCUGUCCAUGUCUGCUGGUGUUCCAGGCAGGUGCUGGAGGUAGCGUGUGUGUCUGUAAGGUCCUGAGGGGCACAGGCCAGGGGCCCAGAGGUAGCGUGUGUGUCUGUAAGGUCCUGAGGGGCACAGGCCAGGGGCCCAGAGGUAGCGUGUGUGUCUGUAAGGUCCUGAGGGGCACAGGCCAGGGGCCCAGAGGUAGCGUGUGUGUCUGUAAGGUCCUGAGGGGCACAGGCCAGGGGCCCAGAGGUGUGUGUGUGAGAAGCCCAAUGGAACGGACAGCUGAGACAGGCUGAAACUGGAGAGGAGAGGGCUUGAGAGCCGUACGUGAGACCCGGGUUGGGAGUGUGUUGGGUGGGAGAAGAAACAGUAGUUUGUGAAAGGUUGUGCAGUUGUACAGAUAUUUGAGUGUGUGUAUGUGCAUAUGACUUCACUAGAAGGACUAAUAUUUCUGAGAGACAGCUCGUUUGUGUGUGUUUGUUUAGUGGUGUUGAGUGAUCUGCCACCUGUCAUGUAUUCCACCACAUCGUGAGGUGUUUCAUGUGUUGUCAACUUGUAAGUGCACAUCAGUUAAUACGUCACCAGAAACCUAUUUCUUUUUCUCAUUCCUGUUUCUCUCCAUCCUCAGGUUGAAUCACUGUUUCUGUGUUGUCCCGCCCCCACUCUGACAUCACAUCUGGCUGACCUCUGACUGUUUGACCCCUCCCCCAGCAGCCAUUGUCAUGGCGCUGUCCUCACGCUUAAAGCUCUGGGAGCAGAAGGGAGGUGCAGAGAUGAUGUGGCAUGAAGCAUUACUGUUCUAGAAUGGUCUGGAAUGAUCCUCACUCUGUGUGUUCUAGAGUCGUGUGUGUUCCCUUAAUGUGUGUUCUAGUGAGUCUUCAUGUUGUGUGUAUUCUAGAAUGAUCAGCCUGUGUGUGUUCUGGAUAUGUCAUUUUGUGUGUAGGCUACUGUAUGUCCCACACUGCUUUGAAUGUUCCAUCUGCAAAUACAACCACUCCUGUGUGUGCAUACAGUAACCAGAGCACCACACACUCUCUCCCUCUCUCAUAUUUCAUUCACUCUUCUCUCUAUCACCCAUCUCUUUUUAAUUCCUAUAUUCUACUGGAUGUAUUAUCAUUAAAAUGGAUGAGUAAUCUGUUUCGACCACCCCUGAGCAGAGAACAGGAGAGAUAGGAGAGUUGUCCUACUGACCUUUCUGUCCUCUCGUCUCCACGGUAACAGCAGGUCUAAUCUAAACUGACCAUACCACCUCUGCUAUUAAUAAACCAGUAAUAAACCGGUCAUGCACUAGUUAAGUCAUUAUUACAUACAGUUGAUAUGAUAUGUGUCAGUAACUGAGCUACAGGGCCCCCCUGUAGCUCAGUUGGUAGAGCAUGGUGCUUGCAACGCCAGGGUUGUGGGUUCGUUUCCCACGGGGGGCCAGUAUGAAAAAUGUAUGCACUCACUAACUGUAAGUCGCUCUGGAUAAGAGCGUCUGCUAAAUGACCUAAUAAAAAAUAAAAAUGUAAUUCACACCUGUCAGUGGACAAGAGGAAACUCUGUGAACUGCAGUCCUAAACGUAGAUGAUAAUUGCUCUUCCACACUAGCAUGAGUGCGUGUAUGUUUGUGUUUGUGUGUGUUUUUGUAUUUGUACGUGUUUGUGUAUGUAUUUGUAUGUGUCUGUGUACUGCUGUCACAGUAUAUAGCCGCUGAGCCUUUGCUGUAGACUGUAUUGCAUCUAUUUCUAACAGUCAAUCUGAGUCUGCGUGUAAACAUUGGGCUGUGGCCCAGUUCAAAUAAAUGCUGUGAAAAUUAGGGCUGUCAGAGUUAACUCGAGAACAUUUUAGUGGAUUACAUUUUUUAUUUUUAUCGCAGUGUUUAAAAUACACUGAAAACAUCCACAAUUCUAUACAGCUAAAAACAACAGUGCCAUGUCAAAACAAGUUGGCAUUGAGGUUAAAGAAAGUGUGUUUUAUCAAUUUACCAGAUUCAAGACGUCAAUAUUCUUGUAAUGCUUUUUGUAUGAAAAGUUGUAAAUUACAGCUAAAUUUGAGCAAAUUCUGAGUUUGCGAUUAAUCACAGCAAAUCCUGCAAUUAACUCGCUGACAUUUAUUUUGCGUUUGACAGCCCUAGUGAAAAUACAUCCCCUUCUUCUUCAAGGAUGAAGGAUGAAUUUGUACAGUUGCAUUCGAACAGGGCCUGUGUGUGUCAUAUCUGUCUUACCCUCUCCGUCCCUCCUUUCCACUUUACAGAUAAAGGAGAAGAAGGAAGAGCCCACCUCUCCUCCCCCUCCUCUGUCGGCCCUACCGGGAGGCUUCCUCAAACAGCUGGUCAGAGAGACAGAGAAGGAGACCAAACAAAAAGAACCUGAGGCCAAAGAAGAGAAGGCAGUAAGAGAAAGAUGAAGGAGUGAAAGAGAGUGGAAUGGAAGGAGGGGGUAGAGAGAGAGGGAUGGAAGGAGGGGGUAGAGAGAGAGGGAUGGAAGGAGGGGGUAGAGAGAGAGGGAUGGAAGGAGGGGGUAGAGAGAGAGGGAUGGAAGAGACAAAGAGGGAAACAGAAAUAUAGGAACAAGCGAUUAAAAAGGAUAAUGUGGAAAAAGAAAGGGGUGGAGGUAGAGAGACAGAGAGUGGUGGGCAUAACCUGGGACGAUAGCAAGUCAGCCAAGGGUGAAGUAAAGGCAGCACGUUGCCUUGUGUUUUUACAUACUGUGGUGACGUCCAUCUUGUUUCUUUCCAGCCCAGUAAACUGAGUGACAACCUGGUGCAGCAGUUCCUCCUCCCGGACCAAACUCCACCAAUCCUAGAGGCCGAGAUGGCCCUGCGAAACGAGCAGUUGGUCAACGGAGAGCGAGGCCGCCACUCCAACCAAUCAGAUCUCAAGACCUCCACGCCCCGUCGAAUCCUCUCCCCCAAACUCAAGAGCCCGCCCUUGGGGGAGACAGCCAAAAAGGAAGUGACCCCAGAGCCACUGAAACAGAAACAGGAAAUUACAUCAGAGCAGCUGAAGCAGAAACAGGAAAUUACAACAGAACAACUGAAGCAGAAACAGGAAAUUAAAUCAGAGCUGCUGAAGCAGGGGCAGGAAGUGAAGUCAGGGAAAGAAAAGGUGACAAAUGAUACCAAGAAGCCAACAAAUGAUGUCAAGAUGCCAAAGAUGGAGGGAAAGAAAGAUCAGCAGAAAGAACAGGAGAAGAAGAAAGAGGGAGUGAUAGAGGAGAGACAGGAGCCUGAGGGGCAACAAGCAGACAUCGCCAUAACAGAACAUGAGAGGAAAGAGGUAUGAUGUCACGUGGUCAUGUCAUAAGAUACGUACGUACUGUAUACAUGCUAUACACACACAAACUCACUUAGGCCUGCAUACCUGCUACACUGGGGCGUCGCAAAGUAGUUUUUUUUAGCUCCAUGUUUUGUAGAGCACGAGACACAUUAUGAAGUGUUCUCUGGCAUGAGUCGUGCAUUGACUUCAAGCACUAUUUUACUCCGAGUGCUGUAAAGCUUACGCCCAGGUUUAAUUGAAAACAACGAGAGCCGCAGUCUCUCACUCCCUGCAAGAGGUACUCUUCCAGUGUAGCAGGCCUGUUACACACACACACAUGUGCAUUGAUAGACACACACAUGCCAGACACACACACUUACAUUUUACUCAUUUUUCAGAAGCUCUUAUCCAGAGUGACUUACAAGAGCAAUUAGGGUUAAGUGCCUUGCUCAAGUCCACAUCAACAGAUUGUUUUCAUGUAGCUCUUAACCGCUAGGCUACCUGCCGUCCUGGAACAUACCCACAGUGAAACAUUCACCUUCUAAAGAACACACUGCAUGCCGUAGAAUACAGUUGAAGUCGGAAUAUAUAUAUACAUUUAAACUCAGUUUUUCACAAUUCCUGACAUUUAAUCCUAGUAAAAAUUCCCUGUCUUAGGUCAGUUAGGAUUACCACUUUAUUUUAAGAAUGUGAAAUGUCAGAAUAAUAGUAGAGAGAAUGAUUUAUUUCAGCUUUUAUUUCUUUCAUCACAUUCCCAGUUGGUCAGAAGUUUACAUACACUCAAUUAGUAUUUGGUAGCAUUGCAUUUAAAUUGUUUAACUUGGGUCAAACGUUUCGGGUAGCCUUCCACAAGCUUCCCACAAUAAGUUGGGUGAAUUUUGGCCCAUUCCUCCUGACAGAGCUGGUGUAACUGAGUCAGGUUUGUAGGCCUCCUUGCUCGCACACGCUUUUUCAGUUCGGCCCACACAUUUUCUAUAGGAUUGAGGUCAGGGCUUUGUGAUGGACACUCCAAUACCUUGACUUUGUUGUCCUUAAGCCAUUUUGCCACAACUUUGGAAGUAUGCUUGGGGUCAUUGUCCAUUUGGAAGACCCAUUUGCAACCAAAUUUUAAAUUCCUGAUUGAUGUCUUGAGAUGUUGCUUCAAUAUAUCCACAUAAUUUUCCUUCCUCAUGAUGCCAUCUAUUUUGUGAAGUGCACCAGUCCCUCCUGCAGCAAAGCACCCCCACAGCAUGAUGCUGCCACCCCCGUGCUUCACGUUUGGGAUGGUGUUCUUCAGCUUGCAAGCGACCCCGUUUUUACUCCAAACAUAACGAUGGUCAUUAUGGCCAACAGUUCUAUUUUUGUUUCAUCAGACCAGAGGACAUUUCUCCAAAAAGUAUGAUCUUUGUCCCCAUGUGCAGUUGCAAACCGUAGUCUGGCUUAUUUAUGGCGGUUUUGGAGCAGUGGCUUCUUCCUUGCUGAGUGGCCUUUCAGGUUAUGUCAAUAUAGGACUCGUUUUACUGUGGAUAUAGAAACUUUUGUACCUGUUUCCUCCAGCAUCUUCACAAGGUCCUUUGCUGUUGUUCUGGGAUUGAUUUGCACUUUUCGCACCAAAGUACGUUCAUCUCUAGGAGACAGAACGCGUCUCCUUCCUGAGCGGUAUGACGGCUGCGUGGUCCCAUGGUGUUUAUACUUGCGUACUAUUGUUUGUACAGAUGAACGUCGUACCUUCAGGCAUUUUGAAAUUGCUCCCAAGGAUGAACCAGACUUGUGGAGGUCUACAAUUGUUUUUCUAAGGUCUUGGCUGAUUUCUUUUGAUUUUCCCAUGAUGUCAAGCAAAGAGGCACUGAGUUUGAAGGUAGGCCUUGAAAUACAUCCACAGGUACACCUCCAAUUGACUCAAAUGAUGUCAAUUAGCCUAUCAGAAGCUUCUAAAGCCAUGACAUAAUUUUCUGGAAUUUUACAAGCUGUUUAAAGGCACAGUCAACAUAGUGUAUGUAAACUUCUGACCCGCUGGAAUUGUGAUACAGUUAAUUAUAAGUGAAAUAAUCUGUCUGUAAACAAUUGUUGGAAAAAUUACUUGUGUCAUGCACAAAGUAGAUGUCCUAACCGACUUGCCAAAACGAUACUUUGUUAACAAGAAAUGUGUAGAGUGGUUGAAAAGCGAGAUUUUAUGACUCCAACCUAAGUGUAUGUAAACUUCCGAUUCAACUGUACAUAUGAUUGUGCACCCCCCCCCCCCCCCCCCCCCCUUCUCUCUCUCCCGCUUUCUUUCUUUCUCGCUCUCUCUCUCUCUCUCUCUCUCUCUCUCUCUCUCUCUCUCUCUCUCUCUCUCUCUCUUUUCCAGGUGAGGGAUGUGUGGUAUGAAGUUGGGAAUGUGUGGUACGUCCACAAGGAGGGCUUUAGCCUCGGUAAGUGGUGGUAAUGUAAUGUGGUAGACUGUGUGUGUCCUGAGGUGUUGGGUGGCAUUGGUUGGUGUAUUAAUAGUACCUUGCUUUAGCACUGUGCUUUUGUAUCCAACCCUUAAUACUGCGGGAGCCAGAACACACGUGGCUAAAGCAGCGGAUUGAAAAUUCUUCACUGGCUUUGAUUCUCUGAUUGCUUAAAGAAUAUCCAAUCGCUGAUGACUUUGUUUUGUACAACGCCCAUCGUCACCACAAACAACUUCAAUGAUGGCAGUCUCAGACUAAAGUAUGUAGUGAACAACAGAGCAGUGGAAGAAUUUAGUGUGAGUCGUUAGGCUAGAACAUCUAGCCAGCAUUAAUCCCAUUUGAUUUUCAUAUACCCACACACACAUCCCCUGAACCCUGGUACACACACACAUGCACACACACACACACGCAUGCGCACACACACACUCACACUGGGGGAUCAGAGAUUAGGGAUGCAUAUCAGAGUUUAAUCCCCUGAGACAUAAACCCUGGUAAUCCCUGUUUAGUUGUGCUGUGAGAAUAAUAUUGAGAAUACAGACUAGAACCACAACCAGGAAAUCUCCACUAUGACUUAGUUUUUCUCCACAGAAACAUGAAAACAUGUUGGGACAAAUAUACAGUGCUUAAUUCAACAUAGAAGAAUGUCUCCCUGUUAAUGAUAAUCAUCAAACUCAUCUUUUGGUGCCUCUAAAGCUGGAAUCCUUAACUGAAACAAUAACAAAGCGGACACCCCGCCUCUGUUUUGGUAAAAAGCUGGAUGGGCCUGGAGAAAUGUAAUCACUCUCAAAUUCAAAGCAAGGACUAACCAUCCAUGAUAUCAAAAUUAUAGUUUUAACCAUGUUUUGUAUUUUGUAUUUGUAUUUAUUAUGGAUCACCAUUAGCUGCAGCUACUCUUCCUGGGUUCCAGCAAAAUUAAGGCAGUUAUACAAUAUUACAAUACAUUUCACAAGACAUUAAGUGUGUGCCCUCAGGCCACUGCUCUACUACCACAUACUGUAUCUACCACACAAAAUCCAUGUGUACGUGUGCGUAUGUUAUCAUGUGUCUGUGCAUGUGUGUGUCGCUUCACAGUCUCCACUGUUCCCUAAGUUCUAUUUGUAUCUGUUUUUUAAAUCUAAUUUUACUUCUUGCAUGAGUUACUAGAUGUGGAAUAGAGUUCCAUGUAGUCAUGGCUCUAUGUAGUACCGUGUGCCUCCCAUUGUCUGUUCUGGACUUGGGGACUGUGAAAAGACCUCUGGUGGCAUGUCUUGUGGGGUAUGUAUGGGUGUGAGUUGUGUGCUAGUAGAUUAAACAGACAGCUCGGUGCAUUCAACAUGUCAAUACUUUUCAGAAUGACAAGUAGUGAUGAAGUCAAUCGCUCCUCUACUUUGAGCCAGGACAUGCAUGCAUAUUAUGAAUGUUAUUAAUGUUAGCUCUUCAUGUACAUUUAAGGGCCAGCCGUCCUACCCUGUUCUGGGCCAAUUGUAAUUUUCCUAAGUCCCUCUUUGUGCCACCUGACCACACGACUGGGCAGUAGUCCAGGUGCGCCAAAACUAGGGCCUGUAGGACUUGCCUUGUUGAUAGCGUUGUUAAGAAAGCAGAGCAGCGCAGAGCAGACAGACCUCUCCCCAUCUUAACUACUGUUGCAUCAAUAUGUUUUGACCAUGACAGUUUACAAUCCAGGGUUACUCCAAGCAGUUUACUCUACUCAACUUGCUCAAUUUCCACAUUAUUCUUUACAAGGUUUAGUUGAGGUUUAGGGUUUAGUGAAUGCUUUGCCCCAAAUACAAUGCUUUUAGUUUUUGAAAUGUUUAGGACUUAUUUCUUGCACCCAUUCUGAAACUGACUGCAGCUCUUUGUUAAGUGUUGCAGUGAUUUCACUUGCUGUGGUAGCUGACAUGUAUAGUGUUGAGUCAUCAGCAUACAUAGACACACAGGCUUUACUCAGAGCCAGUGGCAGGUCAUUAGGAAAGAUUGAAAAAAGUAAGGGGCCUAGACAGCUGCCCUGUGGAAUGCCUGACUCUACCUGUAUUAUGUUGGAGAGGAUUCCAUUAAAGAACACCCUCUGUGUUCUGUUGGACAGGUAACUGUCGAUCCACAAUAUAGCAGCCAUAACACACACGUUUUUCCAGCAGCAAAAGCUACACUGAAGUCUAACAAAACACCUCCCACAGUCUUUUUAUUAUCAAUUUCUCUCAGCCAAUCAUCAGUCAUUUGUGUAAGUGCUGUACAUGUUGAAUGCCCUUCCCUAUAAGCAUGCUGAAAAUCUGUUGUUAGUUUGUUUACUGUGAAAUAGCAUUGUAUCUGUUCAAACAAAAAAAAUUUCUAAAUGUUUGCUAGGCUAUAAAGUGUUUUGAGGCUAUACAGUGUUUCUUUACAUUUACUUUGUUUACAAACAUUGGAGUAUAACAAGCUUAUAUUUUUGGGUUCUGAUCGGGUAUGACAGUUGAGCUAAGCUCAUGAGGCAUUUAUAAGUUGUGUUAUUAAUGGGCAUAUAUAAUUAGUUUGAUAAGUCCACAAAUGGAUGUAGCAACUAAGGAUUCUAGCUUCAAGUGACUAAUGGAUUUGUCCUGAGACUUUCCAAUUGGUGGGUUUAUACUGAAAUUGUCUGUGAUUGGUGGGUUCUGUGUUCCAGCCACUCAGCUGAAACCAGACGAGGGAACCCCAGAUCUCCCAGCAGGCCUAGUGAGAGUCAGAAUGGAGUCAGAUGGAACACUGCAUGAUGUCAUGGAGCAUGACAUCCAGAAGGUACUCUCUCUCUCUCCCUCUCCCUCAUUCUAUCUCUCCCUCAUUCUAUCUCUCUCUCAUUCUAUCUCUCUCUCCUCUCUAUCUUUAUUUCUCUCUAUCUCCCUUCUCGUUCUCUCUCCAUCACUCCAUUUCUCUCCAUCACUCUCUCUCUCCCCUGACACCGCUUUCUCUCUCUGUCCCUCUCGCUUUCUCUCUCCAGUUGAAUCCGUCUGAGUUGGACCUGUGUGAGGACUUGAGUGAACUACAGAGUGUGAAUGAGUGUGGAGCGCUCCACACUUUAACCAGUCGAGCUAAAGCCAGCCUGCCCCUCACACACGCUGGACCCAACCUGCUCAACUUCUGGCCGCCGCUGAACCAACAAGGAAAGGUGAACACACACACACACACACAUACACAUACACACACUGUACACUUGCUGAGUGAUUCAUGCCGGGAAACCCAGUGCGUGUACUCUCUCGUCCAUCAGUGAUAGGAGCUGAACUAGUGCUCUAGAACUUGACUAGGUGUUAUGUUCCUGUAGUUCCAUUGGAACCAGAUGAUAAGGGAAUGUUGUGGUCUCCUCUCCCCAGACCCCUCGCUCCCGUCGUGGGGACAGUGUGUGGGAUGCUCCCCCUGCCCUGGCCGCUCUAGUCAGGCAUGUGUAUGUCUCCAUGGUGGGCACGCGCAGGGACCAGAGUGUGUGUGCGGUGGGACGCAGUGGCACGGGCAAGACCACCUCCUGCCAAGCUUUCACACACACACUCCUCAAACAGGCUGGUACCGCCGGAGACAGCAUCAGUGGUGAGUGCUUUGUGUGUGUGCGUUGCGUGCAUGUUGUGUAAUGUAAUAUGAAGUCUUUGUGUGUUUAUGAAGUGUGUGAAGUAAUAGCACACUGUGUGUAUAAUGUUAUCUCUCGGUGUGUGUGUGUGUGUCCAGUGGAGCGUAUCCAGGCAGUGUUUACGAUCCUGAGGUCGUUUGGGUGUGUGAGCUCUCAGCACAGUGACGCCUCGUCUCGCUUCGCCAUGGUUCUCUCUCUGGACUUCAACCACGCUGGACUGGCCUCUGCUGGACACCUACAGGUACACACACACACACACACACACACAAACAAACAAAUUGUUGCCCGUUAUGCAAGUAUAUUGCUUCUAAUGAUAUGUACAGUAUCAUAUUAUAGUCUCAAUGUCCUCCCUCCUCUCCCUCCCUUCUUCAUCCCUCUCUCCUCCUCUUCUCCAGACUAUGAUGUUAGAGAAGUGGAGGGUGUGUCAGAAGAUGGAGGGAGAGAGUAACUUCCUAGUCUUCUCCCAGAUGCUGGCUGGACUCAGUACAGAGAUGAGGUACAGACACACACACACACACACACACACACACACGUGCGCACACACACACACUCUUACAUGACUUCCGGUCUCCUCCUGAUAGGACGGAGCUGCAGAUGCACCAAUUCUCUGAGGCCAACUCUUUUGGAAUAGUCGCUCCCACCAAGGUAACCAGCAAGUGUUGCUAACCUUUUUUGAAUUUUUUGGCCAUAUUGCUUACUCUACCUCAGAAACUAAUAGGCCCAUCUUCCUCUCCUCCAUCCUUUCCUUCGCUCCCUCCGUCAGGUAGAAGAAAAGCAGCGUGCGUCAGUGGCCUUCACCAAGCUGCUGGUUGCCAUGGAAACACUGGGUUUCUCAGCCGAUGAGCAACGAGCAAUAUGGCAUGUCCUGGCAGGGUUAUACCAUCUGGGAACAGCGGGGGCCAUUAAAGGUAUAGACUGUACCAACAUCUCUUUCUCUCUCUCCAUACCAUAUGAUACUUUAUGAAGUGUAGCUGUUAGUAGGACCUAUGAAAACAUGACAACCAUGCCAAUACUUUCUCUCUCUCUUUUCCAACCUCCUCUUCUUUGUUUUUUCCCUCCCUGUUUUGUAUCCCACCCCACCCCCCUCCCCUCUUCUCCCUCCUCCUCCUCUCCUCCGCCCUCAUCCCCUCUUCACCCCAGUGGGGCGUAGGGCGUUUGUGAGUUUCGACAGUGCCCAGGUGGCCAGCAGUGUGUUGGGGUGUGAGGGGGAGGAGCUCCACACGGCCGUGUUCAAACACCACCUCAGACAGCUGCUGCAGAGAGCCACCGGAGGUGGCAGAGAGAGACACGCUACUAUAAAUGCAGAGGAGGGUAAGAGGGAGACAGGCACUCUCACACAGGCAUGCACACACACACACUCACAAACACACACACACACACUGUGUCACUGCCUCACUGUGUCUGCUCCCAACCACCCAUCCCUUUCUCUCUCUCUCUCUCUCUCUCUCUCUCUCCAUCUCUUGCUCUCCAUCUCCAUCUCCUCUCUAUCUCUAUCUCUAUCUCUAUCUCUAUCUCUAGGUCCCAGGUUGAGUGCUACUCAGUGUGUAGAUGGCAUGGCUUCUGGACUGUACGAAGAACUCUUCACGGCUAUAGUGUCACUCAUCAACAGGUACACACACGCGUUUACAUUGUUGCCUGUUCAAGACUAGUAGAGUACAAGUGCAGGCACAGAGUAUCAAGAGUCAUCAGAUAGAAUUGUAGUGUAGAGCCACCUUAUGCAGUGUAGUAUCUAGACCUGAGUAUAUGUGGUGAGGUGUUAGGCCUGAAGCCUGGGUGUUUCCUGCUGUCUCUCCCCAGAGCUCUGAGCUCUCAGCAGCUGACGUUAGCCUCUGUGAUGGUGGUGGACACUCCAGGCCUCCGCAACCCCAGACACAGUGGAGAGGAGAGGGCUGCAGGCUGGUCUGAACUCUGUCACAACUACCUACAAGAGAGACUGCUGGAGUACUACUACACACACACUUUCACACACACACUGGACAGAUAUGCACAGGUACAGAUACACACACACACACCUUUACACACUCACACACACACACACACGCUCAUGUAAUGUAAUCUGUACUGUUGUUCCAGGAGAAGGUUCCAGUAGACUUUGAAGCUCCAGAGACCAGUCCUACUGAGGUUGUGUCCUCCAUAGACCAGCCUGCUUUACAGGUAAUGCAUACACAACCCCCUGCUACAUGUACCUAACACAUACACAGCAGAAGUCAAUGACCGACCGUCUAAACAGACUACAACUCCCAGCCUCCUUUGGGAGCACUGCCAUCAAGUGUGCCCCAGAGUGUUCCGGGCACAGAUUGGCAUCACCAGAUGGACAUGGUGUGUAUGUCCGUGUGUGUGUUAGGUGCGAGGGGCGGAGGGAGACCCCAGAGGACUGCUGUGGGUUCUAGAUGAGGAGAUGGUGACUCCGGGAUCAACAGAAAACACUGUCCUGGAGAGAGUCUGCCAGUACUACAGCUCCACUGGUGAGACAGGGGGAGAUGGGUGAGGGGAGCGAGAGAAAGAGAAAGAGGGAGUGGAGGGGGAGAGAGAGAGAAAAGGGUGAAGUGUUUGUUUGUGUGUGACUGUGUGCAAAAAUACGAGUUUGAGCCAGAGUGUGUAUGUCCGUGUUUUUGUCUGUUUCAGUGAUACAGAAGAUAUUGUGUCAGCAGUGGACAUGUAAUUCUGUUGUAUGGUAGUGUAGAAGUUGAAUUCUAAUAUCUGGUUUCACUCCUCAGUGCGUCAGUGUGAGCAGCCCAUGCAGUGUGAGGUGAGCCACCUGAUGGGUUCUGACCCAGUCAGAUACGACCUGACUGGAUGGUUCAGCCUGGUUCAGAGCAACCCAUCUGCUCUCAAUGCCAUCUCACUGCUGCAGAACUCCUCUGUGUAAGUGUUACCCAAUCUCAGAUCCACCUCUCCUUGGCCUAUUACCAUAUUGUGUCAAUCCAACUCUUUCAGAUCUACUAAACGUGUAUUAUUGACGUGUGCCUUACAAUUUUUUGAAUGAAUCUUGGCUUCAACCUUUCCCUCUCUCUCCCUCUCUUGCUGCCUUUCCUCUCCAGUGGGGUAGUGAAGACGCUGUUCGGCCCCCGUGCCUCUGUGCCCCCUCUGUGUCGUGGUUUGGGAGGGGUGGAGGGGGGCAGCCAGCGCUCGCUACAGAGGAGUGGCACUGUCAGAAAGACAUUCAGUGGAGGAAUGGCCGCCAUACGCAGACACUCCCACUGUAUAUCAGUCAAACUACAGGCCGUAAAUACCCUAAUACACACUCCCACUGUAUAUCAGUCAAACUACAGGCCGUAAAUACCCUAAUACACACUCCCACUGUAUAUCAGUCAAACUACAGGCCGUAAAUACCCUAAUACACACUCCCACUGUCUAUCAGUCAAACUACAGGCCGUAAAUACCUCAGUAUACACGCCCACUGUAUUAGCAGUCAAACUACAGGCUGUAAAUACCCAAAUGCACACUCCCACUGUAUAUCAGUCAAACUACAGGCCAUAAGUACCCCAGUACACACUCCCACUGUAUUAGCAGUCAAACUACAGGUCGUAAAUACCCUAAUACACACUCUCAGUAAAUCAGUCAAACUAUAUGCUGUAAGUACUGUAAUACUGUAAAAUACACACAUACAAAAUCCCACACUUCUACUGUGUCUGUCUGAUAAUGUUUUUCUCCAUCUUCCUCCUUCCCUCCCCCUCCAUCCAGGAUGCUCUAUUGAAUCUGAUUCGUCGAGCCAGGCCAGUGUUCAUGCAGUGUGUGUGUGCUAAGACAGACAGUGGUAGCGGAGGUUUUGAUAUCCCUGCUCUCAGGGUCCAGCUGCACUCUACACACAUCCUCCCCGCGCUGCAGCUCUACCGCACAGGUUAGUGUUAGCCUAGAAUUGGCCCUCAGAUACAUGUGCACAGUGCAGGUUAGUAGUGUUGGCCAUUCUGCACAGGUUAUCAAGUUGAUAAAGGGAAUUUUGGUGCCAACAUAGUGCUCACCUGUAUAUUUAUGGUUCUGAAGGCAGCAACCCACCCUAUUAUCACUCACUCUCUCCCCCCUCUCUCUUUGUCUCCCAGGUUAUCCGGAACACAUGACUCUGAGUGACUUCAGGUGUCGUUUCCAGGCUCUGUCUCCUCUGGUCAUGAAACGCUAUGGUUCAGUCUUCAUCACCCCAGAUGAGAGGAAGGCAGUGGAGGAGCUGCUGGUAGAACUGGAUCUGGACAAGAAGAGUAUCGUACUGGGAGCCGGCAGGGUGAGAGAGAGAGAGAGAGAGAGAGAGAGAGAGAGCUUCUGUUCUGACAGAACUGAGCUCCUUAGAGUCAGUCUCUGACACACUGUGUCUCUGAAGUUUAGCUAGUUACAGUACUUCAUUUUUCCACUCUCUCUGUCUCUUUCGCUCCCUUGCUUUCUCUCUCCCUCUCUGUCUCCCCUUCCCUCUCUUUCUCUCCCUCCCUCUCUCUGUCUCUUCCCCCUUCUCUCUCUCUCGCUACCCUCUCUCUUUGUCUCUCCCCAUUCUCUCUCUCCCUCCUCUCCCCUCCCCAGGUGUUUAUGAAGCGAGGUGUGUUAAAGUACUUGGAGCAGCAGAGAGACAAGCUGGUCAGUGAUUGGCUGGUUCAGCUACAGGCUGCCUGUAUGGGACACCUGGCUAGACAACAAUACCGCAAAAUGAAGGUGAGUCUGACCCAUGACUCUAACCCGUGACCUCCAACCCCUGACUGCUAACCCAGGUGAAACAUGCUGUAAUGUGUUAGGUUAGGUGCUGGUGUAACACACACAUUCAGUGACUCUGGUAUAAAGGUGUCACCCUAUAAUGUGUCUCCCUAUAAUUGUGGUUAGGUACAGUAGGUGGGAUGCAGGUGUAACACGGAUGUAUCUCUGUCUGUUCCCAUACAGGUGCAGCAGAUGGCUGUGAGGUGUUUCCAGAGUAACAUCCGUACUCUGAGACGGGUGGCCAAGUGGAGCUGGUGGAAACUGCUGUGUAGAGUACGCCCCCUACUGGACGUUAACAUGGACGACCAGAGACUCAGAGCCAAGGAGGUAGGAAUCGAUUCACAGACUACUCAGUGGUUCAGAACUAAAGAAGUAUGAGUUAAUUCAGAGACUACUCAGUGAUUCAGCGCUAAAGAGGUAUUAGUUGAUUAAGAGACUACUCAGUGAUUCAGAGCUAAAGCGGCAUUAGUUCAUUCAUGAUUCAGAGCCAAACAGGAACUACUUGAUCCAGUGUCCAAAGCCUUUUGAAUAGACUCAAAGACAGAGUUACAAGCGCUUUGCUUUAACAUUGGACAUUUGGAGAUAGAAGAUGUGGUAAAAUACUUUGAUUUCCCAGGAUGAGAUCAUGGCUGUGAGACGACGGCUGGAGAAGUCUGAGAGGGAUAGGAACGAACUGAGACAGACCACUGACAUCCUGGAGACCAAGGUGGGUAAAGUGUAAAGUUAUAGGGUUAGUACAUUGUAAAGUUUAGGGGGACAGUAUAGUGUUUGAAGACAGUGGGUAAAGUUCUGGUUGCGAGUGAAGAUGUGUGCGUGUCCUGUAGGUGACGGCGGUGUUGUCGGAACUAAGUGACGAGCGUUUCCGUGGUGAAGCUGUCAGUCAGGCGCUGGACAUGGAGAGAGGAGAGAGACUACGACUCACCAGGGAGAACAAGGAAAUACAGGUAGUAUUAGAACAGACAUAUCUUUCUCUGUAUAUACUCAAGGCCCACAUCACAAUUACAAUUGUGUCACAUAAUACAGUAUGUAAUCUCGGUUAACCCAGAACUAAAAUCUCACGUAAUUUACAUAGCCUGGCCACGACAGAUUAUACACUGUGAGGUUAUCUCAUUCUCUCUCACUCUCUCUCUCUCUCUCUCUCUCUCUCUCUCUCUCUCUCUUCCUCUCCCUCCGUCUCUCAGGCUCAGAUGGACCAGUGUAAGGUCACCAUGGAGAUGCUGGAGAAACAGUUGGAGGAGGAGAAACAGAAAGUCCAGAGCAGAGAGUCCAGGACAGAGACAGGGACAAGCUGGGGAACUACUAUAGGUAACUGCCUUUCAUUUUGAUUGAACAAUAGGUCAAAAUCACACACACUGAACUGAAGGUUUGACUGCACUGGAUGUUACUAAUUGCUGAUCUGGGUUAUACUGACAUCAUGAUGCAUCAGUGAGAAUGCAGAAUAAAUGGAACACAGAAAAGGCAACACAGAGUCACAUGGGGGGAGUGUUUGUUACAAGGUUAUUAUAGUUUUGUGAUUUUAUAUUCGUUUUCAUUUCUAUUUGUUUUUAUUUGUUUCAGUUUUCAGAUUUUCUAGUUUUUAUUUAGUUUCAGUUUGAUAAAAACAGUUAUAUUUUGUUUUUAUAUUAUUUAGUUCCAGUUUUCAUGUUAGGGACAGAAAGUAGCCUAUGUGUGGGAGGUUAGGAGACAUUUAUGUGUUGUAGGCCUAUAGUUUGUGUUUUUUUGGGAUGUCACUUCAUGCUACUGGGGGACAUCAACAAGGUGAUGGUCAUAGGUUUUGGUUAGGCCGCAUUCCAGAGUUUAGACGUUGCUGACGCCUGACUGAUCUUACAACGCCCGGACAGGUAUUUUAAGUAUCAGCUAACCACAUCAUAUGUUAUAGCAAUCUGUCAGUCGAUGACACAGUCGAUGACUUGGCACGCAACCAUUGAUUGAUGCAUGCAACGUCUGAGCAGAGGAAUGCAACCGUUUUCGGCUUAUUGCCCCCGCCCCAGAACAAAACAUCUCACUGGCUAAUUUUUCUGUUCGGGCGGGGCCACUCUGGUCUGCUUAUUGCCCCCUUCUUCCCUGUUGUUAGCUAGUGAUAGCAAAGAGUAUCUAUUAUAUUGAUAAGAUGUUCAAUUAACCCCUCUAACAAUGAAAAUACAUGUCCUCAAAGAUGGAAGGCAGGCGGGAGGAGACGAGAUCAGGUGGGACCAUUCUAGCCAACUUAUCGGUAUAUUUGUAACAACUUACUCCGUUUGGUCAAAUAAGCCUCACGUAAUUUGACACAAUCUCAUAGACCUCCAUGCAAAAAGGUCUGCUUAUCUCGCGGGGACAGAUUUUGGGCGGAGGUAAUCCUCCCGCUUCGCCUUAUCCUCUCUGGUAAUAGCUAGUAAUAGUAACAAGCUAGGCCUAUUUGAAACAUUGCCAUCUACUGGCAGCAUUUAACUGCCAGAAUCAGAAGCUCGAAAACCCAAUUACAAAAAAAGUAGAUUUUUGCACAAAGUAUUCUUUCUUUUAUUUUAUAAAAGUAAACAUAAUUUAUGAUGGUUUUUAUUUUAUUUUGUUAACCUUGGUUUGUAGCAGAGUCACAUGGGAGGAGGGUUUGUAUGGAGGUUGAGUAAAGGAGAUUUAAGGUUUGGUGGUUAAGGGGUUUGGAUUGGCCUUUUAGGACGGUUGUGGGAACAGGUGUGGGGAAUCUGGAGGGAGGGGUUGUGAUUGGGAUUCUUCAUGACUCUUCUCUACACACACACACACACACACACACACUGACCCUCUGUUUCCAUCCCCCUUUACAGAGAGUGAGAUGGCGCUACAGUUAGAGUGUUGCCAGACUGAGGUGGAGUAUGUCAGGAGACGACACAAACAGACAGAGGAGAGACUGGAGGCAGAGAGACAGACACGUCUCGAGCUGGACACAAAGGUACAAAACACACGCACUCAUACACACACAACGCUACUUCUCAGCAUACUUCACCGUUCACACACAGUCAAUGUUCUCCUUCUCUCUCUGACUCUAUCCCCCCCUGGUGGUUAGGUGGGUUCCCUACAGGCCCAGCUGGAGCAGUCUAAGAGGAGCGCCACAGAGUUGAAGCGGCAAGUUCGCCGUGUCACCUCUGACCUCCAGGACACCCGCGUUCUCACUGACAGCCUGCAAGGCCGCGCUCACGAGCUGGAUCGCAAACAGAGGAGGUGUGUGUUUGUGGGAUGUGCGUGUGUGUGUGUGUGUGUAUAAGGAGCUUCAUUCAAACAAAAGUGUGUGUGUAUGUUUCCAGGUUUGACAGUGAGUUGACCCAGGCUCUAGAAAGAGCAGACAGUGAGAGGGAACUGAAGGAUAAAGCUAUUCAGGAGAGCACUGCUCUGGGGGCACAGAUAUACACCCUGAGACGCACCCUACAGGUAUGUGUAUUUCUCUCUUCAAAAACAUAGGUGCAGUUAGUGUGAUCGUCCAGGGUUUCGAAUCCAGGCUAUCUGCAAGACUCAAGACUGUGUUAUCCCAGUAAGCCCCCUGAGCUUGAAGGGAUACUACGGUAUUUUGGCAAUAAGACACUUUAUCUACUUCCCCAUUUUUAUGUUUCUGUGUCCAGUAUGAAGGAAGUCUAUGGGUAUCUGCUAACACAAAUUAGCAUUGGCUUGCGAAACGACCUCUUUUCUUCAUACUGGACAAAUAUAAAAAUACAAUAGAAAAAAUGGGUAUCCACAAGUUCAUCUACUCUGGGGAAGUAGAUAAAGGGCCUCAUUGCCGAAUUCCCAAAGUAUCCCUUGAAGCCGAGGGUCUGGGUGUUAACACAAGGUUUAAGGUCUCAGGCAAGGUUACUAAUCACAUAGCAUGAAGUUCACCAAACCACAUCCACUUCUUUUACACAGUUGUCACAGUAGGUACAGCCUUAUUAACUUCUGCUGUGUCUGCAUGUAACAGGUGUGAAAUGGCUAGCUAGUUAGCGGUGCGCGUUAGUAGCAUUUCAAUCAGUGACGUCACUCGCUCUGAGACAUUGCAGCAUCAAUGUAACAGUGUUGCUUCCGUCCCUCUCCUCGCCCCUACCUGGGCUUGAACCAGGGACCCUCUGCACACAUCGACAACAGUCACCCUCGAAGCACCAAUACCCGUCGCUCCACAAACGGUCUCAGAGGUCUCAGAGCGAAUGACGUCACCGAUUGAAACGCUACUAGCGCGCACCGCUAACUAGCUAGCCAUUUCACACCAGUUACAUGUACUCAUUUCUGUAUGUGUGUGUAGGAGAGCCAGGUGGAGGUGGUACGUGUGCAACAGCAGAAGGAGGAGCUGUGUGCCCAGAUCCGUGACCUCAGCGUGCCCUUUCACCUGGCCUCUGAUUCGCUGCCGGACCUGAAGAAGCAGCUCCGCCUCCUGGAGACCCAGACUAAUGAGAGAGGAGAGGAGCUCACCAAGCUCACUGCUAAGAUACAGCAGGCACAGCAGGUAUGCAUAAACACACACACACUCACGCACAUAUAGUACACUCACUCACUCACACAGACAAACUCAUUUACAAGAUGUCUGAACUCAACUAUCUGCUCUCUCUCCCUCUUUGUCCACCCCUCCCGCUCUAGGUACACCUGCGUUUGGAGAUGGAGAUAGAGAGAAUGAAACAGAUCCAUCUUAAAGAGCUGGAGGAUAAAGAGGAGGAGUUAGAGGACGUACACAAGUCCUCUCAGAGACGGGUAGGUCACCGCUACUGACCACAGAAUGGGACCACUGCUUAGGGUUAGAACAGUUAGCUGAGUGUCAGCUGUUUGAGAAUAUUUGAAUCCUAAGCAACCUGCCUACAUAUUGUUUGAAUUAAAAUAGACCAACAUAGCUACUGUAGUAGGUCAAAGCCGUAUCCUGGAAAACCUUCGUAGAGCAUGGGUGAAGGCAUGUACAUUUCCUUUCUUUUCCUGCUUCAGAUCCAUGCCUACUUCUCACUUAAAACAUCGUUUUUGUGUUUAAUAUAUAAAGUACAUGGUUCCUUUGUUUGACUGUUGAACAUGGUUACACGAUGUCCUCUAAAACACCUGGUUCCUUUGCUCAUUUGUGUUAAUUAUAAUAGGGUUCUUUUCAUUGCCUUGUAGCUGCGUCAGCUGGAGAUGCAGUUGGAACAGGAGUAUGAAGAGAAACAGAUCGUCGUCCACGAGAAACACGACCUGGAGGGACUGAUAGCGACACUCUGUGACCAGGUACACACACACACUCACACAAACUACACACAAACAAAUGCACACACAAACUCAUGUACGCACACACACACACAAUACAUACUGUACUCAUACAAACAUACACUCGCAUAAACAUACACUCACACACAAAUGCACACGUGCACACUGACACACACACACAGAGACAUAUAUAUGCAGGCACACACACACACACACACACACAUUACUAGCUCUCAGUAUAGACAGGGGCCUCAUCAACACCACAGAGUACACAGCACCGCAUGCUGCAUUGACAGGUCUGCUAUCACUGAUACAGUAACUGUGCAGUCCUGAAUUUACAUAUUGAUAGACUGUGGUCAGACUGCUGAUACACACACACACAUACACCCUUAUACACAAACACACACUCACUGCUGCACAAACUCAAUCUCAUUGGUUUAAAGUGCUGUUGAAUCAUGCUGGUCUUUCUAUUGACGUGCCUCUGGGCCGCAACUGCGUUUGCGCGUGCUUGUGUGUGUGUGUGUUUGCGUGUGUGUGUGUGUGUGCUUUCCAGUCCAGGCAUUGGGGCAGUAUAGAUUUUUCCAGUGUAAUGCUCUUUAGGUGAUGAAUUCAGCAUGUCACUUCUACCAACAGGCAAUACAAAGAAACCCAAUAUAGCAGGCAGCCGAAAGCCUCUACAACACCUCCUCUGUCAGUCCAGGAAGAUGUAGAGUCUGUUUCUGCCUCCCCAUGUACAAUGCAUAAGCCCCACUAACUCCCUCAUACCAACAAUGAAGAGAAGAGAGAGAGAUCGAGAGAGAGAGAAGAGAGAGAGCGGACCUAUAGAGAGCCGAUAGAGAGAGAGAUCGAUAGGAUAGAGAGAGCAAAGAGAUACAGCGCAGUAGCUAGCUCGCUCCACUCUCGCUCUCUGCGCUCUCUUCGUCGCGCUAUCUCUCUCUCUCGCUCCUCUCGCUCGCGCUCUAUCCGCGCUCUCUCUCUAUACUCUCUCGCUCCUCUCUCUCUCCCUCUCUCCUCUCCUUUGAGACGAGCGAGGACUUAGUUGCACACAGGAAGAGAGCAUUUUAAAGUUCACACAGGACGGAGCAUUUUACCAGGAUAGGACAGACUGACCCUAGCCCCCCAGCACAUAGACUGUUGCAGCAUAGAUACUGGAGGCUGAGACAGGGAAUAUAGCUAAAAAAGCCUGGCACGACGUGAUGCACCCCUCCUAGGGACGGCAUUUAAGAGCACUAGUAAGCCAGUGACUCAGGCCCCAUAAUAGGGUCAGAGGCAGAGAAUACCAGUGGAGAGAGGGGAGCCAGCCAGGCAGAGAUAGCAAGGGCAGUUCGUCACUCCAGUGACUUGUCGUUCACCUUCGCACCCCUGGGCCAGACUACACUGGGGCGGCAGGUAGCUUAGUGGGUAAGAGCGUUGUGCCAGUAACCGAAAGGUCGCUGGUUCUAAUCCCUGAGCCGACUAGGUGAAAAAUCUGUCGAUGUGCCCUUGAGCAAGGCACUUAACCCUAAUUGCUUCUGUAAGUCGCUCUGGAUAAGAGCGUCUGCUAAAAUGACUAAAAUGUAAAUGUAAAUGUACACUCAAUCAUAGGACCUACUGAAGAGAUGAGUCUCAAUUUGGUUGAGGCCAGGUCAUCUGAUGCAGCACUCCAUCACUCUCCUUCUUGGUAAAAUAGCCCUUACACAGCCUGGAGGUGUGUUGGGUCAUUGUCCUGUUGAAAAACAAAUGAUAGUCCCACUAAGCCCAAACCAGAUGGGAUGGCAUAUCGCUGCAGAAUGCUGUGGUAGUCAUGCUGGUUAAGUGUGCCUUGAAUUCUAAAUAAAUCACAGACAAUGUCACCAGCAAAGCCAUAACACCUCCUCCUCCAUGCUUUACAGAGGGAAAUACACAUGCGGAGAUCAUCCGUUCACCCACACCGUCUCACAAAGACACAGUGGUUGGAUCCAAAAAUCUCCAAUUUGGACUCCAGACCAAAGGACAAAUCUCCACCGGUCUAAUGUCCAUUGCUCGUGUUUCUUGGCCCAAGCAAGUCUCUUCUUAUUAUUGGUGUCCUUUAUUAGUGGUUUCUUUGCAGCAAUUCAACCAUGAAGGCCUGAUUCACACAGUCUCCUCUGAACAGUUGAUGUUGAGAUGUGUCUAUUACUUGAACUCUGAGGCAGGUAACUCUAAUGAACUUAUCCUUUGCAGCAGUUUCAUCAUAGCGCUUGAUGGUUUUUGCGACUGCACUUGAAGAAACUUUCAAAGUUCUUGAAAUGUUCCGUAUUGACUGACCUUCAUGUCUUAAAGUAAUGAUGGACUGUCGUUUGUCUUUGCUUAUUUGAGCUAUUCUUGCCAUAAUAUGGACUUGGUCUUUUACCAAAUAGGGCUGUCUUCUGUAUACCCCUCCUACCUUUUCACAACACAACUGAUUGGCUGAAACGCAUUAAGAAGGAAAGAAAUUCCACAAAUUAACUUUUAAGAAGGCACACCUGUUAAUUGAAAUGCAUUCCAUGUGACUACCUCAUGAAGCUGGUUGAGAGAAUGCCAAGAGUGUGCAAAGCUGUCAUCAAGGCAAAGUGUGGCUAUUUGAAAAAUCUAAACAUCUAAAAUAUACACUUUUUUGGUUACUACUAUGUGUUAUUUCAUAGUUUUGAUGUCUUCACUAUUAUUCUACAAUGUAGAAAAUAGUAAAAAUAAAGAAAAACCCUGGAAUGAGUAGGUGUUUGUGACGCGUACUGAGUAUACGAAGAGGCAGGACGCAGACGCAGGAAUUAACAAGGUCAAGGUUUACUUAACAAUAAACAAGAGAAAUAACAAAGAUAGAGUAAACGACAUGAAGCUAAACAAUCACACACAACAUCAUCCAGAACAGUCCAGGGCUAAAUAGGGGUGGUGAUGAGAUGAUGAGGUGCAGGUGUGCUGGAGGUGAUUAGGGUGCGUUGGGUUUCCAUUCCGGUGUUGCCGAGGUGGUGCGCUCAGGCUGGUGGCUCAGGCUGGUGGCUCAGUAGACCGGCGAAUCAGAGCACCGGAGGGGAGCAACGGGAGGAGACGUGACAGUGUUCUAAAACUUUUGACCGGUAGUGUAGGCCAAUAGUUUUUAAAAUGUUCCGGGUGAAGGUUGGCUUUUUCAUGACAAGCUUUAUUACUGCCACUUUUAGUGAGUUUGGUACACAUCCGGUGGAUAGGGAGCCGUUUAUUAUGUUCAACAUAGGAGGGCCAAGCACAGGAAGUAGCUCUUUCAGUAGUUCAGUUGGAAUAGGGUCCAGUAGGCAGCUGGAAGAGGCCAUGACUAUUUUCGUGAAUGUGUCGAGAGAUACAGGAUUAAAAAAUUUGAGUGUCUCCAUUGAUCCUAAGUCCUGGCAGUUCUGUGCAGACUCAGGACAACUAAGUUUUGGAGAAAUACACAGAUUCAAAGAGGAGUCCGUAAUUUGCUUUCUAAUGAUCAUGAUCUUUUCGUCAAAGAAGUUCAUGAAUUCAUCACUGCUGAAGUGAAGGUCAUCCUCUCUUGAGGAAUGCUGCUUUUUAGUUAGAUGAAGGCCUUCCUCUCUUGAGGAAUGGUGCUUUUUAGUUAGUUUUGUGACAGUAUCAAAAAUACAUGUUUGAUUGUUUUUAGUCUCCUCAAUUAGGUUGGAAAAGUAGGCUGAUCGAGCAGCAUUGAGGGCUCUUCGAUAUUGCAUGUUACUGGCUUUCCAAGCUAGUCGGAAGACUUCCAGUAUGGUGGAGCGCCAUUUCCGUUCCAAUAUUGUGGAAGCUUGCUUCUCUGAUAUUUUCUGUUUACCACAGAGAACAUUUCUUGUGAGAAAUAUUUUUUGUUUUUAGAGAUGUGACUGCAUCUAUGGUAUUAUGCAAGGUUCAAUUUAGAUUCUUGGUUAGGUGGUUAACUGAUUUUUGUUCUCUGACGUCCUUGGGUAGGUGGAGGGAUUCUGGAAGGGCAUCUAGGAAUCUUCGGGUUGUCCAAUAAUCUAUAGCACAGCUUUCGAUAAUCCUUGGUUGGGGUCUGAGCAGAUUAUUUGUUGCGAUUGCUAACGUAAUAAGAUGUUGGUCCAGGAUUAUAAGGAAAAACUUUGAGAUCCACAAUAUUUAUUCCACGGGACAAAACUAGAUCCAGGGUAUGACUAUGGAAAUGUGUAGGUCCGGAGACAUGUUGGACCAAACCCACUGAGUCGAUGAUGGCUCCGAAAGCCUUUUGGAGUGGGUUUGUGGACUUUUCCUUGUGAAUAUUGAAGUCACCAAAAAUUUGAACAUUAUCUGCCAGGACUACAAGGUCAGAUAGGAAGUCAGGGAACUCAGUGAGGAACGCUGUAUACGGCCCAUGAGGCCUGUAAACAGUAGCUAUAAAAAGUGAUUGAGUAGGCUGCAUAGAUUUCAUGACUAGAAGCUCAAAAGACUGAAAUUAGUUUUUUAUUUGCUGUCGUAAAUGUUAGCAACACCUCCGCCUUUGAGGUGAUGCGCGGGGGAUAUGGUCACUAGUGUAACCAGGAGGAGAGGCCUAAUUUAACACACUAAAUUCAUCAGGCUUGAGCCAUGUUUCAGUCAUGCCAAUCACAUCAAGGUUAUGAUCAGUGAUUAAUUAAUUGACUAUGACUGCCAUGGAAGUGAGGGAUCUAACAUUAAGUAGUCCUAUUUUGAGAUGUGAGAUAUUAUCACAAUCUCUUUUAAUAAUGACAGGAAUGGAGGAUGUCUUUAUUCCAGUGAGAUUGCUAAGGCGAACACCGCCAUGUUUAGUUUUGCCCGACCUAGAUCGAGGCACAGACACGGUCUCAAUGGGGACAGCUGAGCUGACUACACUGCCUGUGCUAGUGGCAGACUCCACUAAGCUGGCAGGCAGGCUAACAGCCUGCUGCCUGCACCCUAUCUCAUCCUUCUACCAGGUGGGCCACAGGGACUUUGACGUGGAGAAGAGACUGAGGAGAGAUCUGAAGAGAACCCAUGCUCUGCUGGUGGACGCUCAGCUACUACUGUCUACCAUAGACAACCCUGGACACAGCCAGGCCCCCGACAGCAAGGAACACAUAGAGCGCCUGCACUGCCAGGUAAACACACACACUAUGAUGUUAUGAAAGUGAAUCAAGGUGUGUUUUAGACUCACAAUUACAAAAAGAUCUUCCACUCCCUCUCCCUGUCUUUCUCUCGCUCCCUCUAUCUCUCUCUGUCAGUUGGAGGAGAGCGAGGCGAGGAGAGCGGAGGUGGAGAGUGUUCAGAAGACUCUGUCCAUGGAACUGGAGAAUGCUCAGAUAGAACUAGAGAACAUCUGCAAACACAAGCAUCUGGUGAGCGAGAUAGAGGCCUCAUGCUGCACCACUACUACAACUGGUACUAGAAUAUUAUAAUGAUCAGUCGUGUUCGGGAACUUUGAACAUCAAAGUGUUUACAGUCCUACUGAAACCAACAGUAACAGGAUCCUGUAGAUAUGUGAGGACAACAAUCUAUUGAAGAGAGUCGUUUUAAAGUGUGUGCGUCUAUGUGUAGGUGGAUGAGCAGGUAGCCCAGCUCCAACAUGAGAAUUCAGAUCUGUUGAAGAGACUAGAGGAGGACCAGGAGGACCUUAAUGAACUCAUGAAGAAACACAAAGCCCUCAUCGCACAGGUGGGUUCCCUCUCUGCCUCAUAGUGGCUCAAAAUCAUGUAUAAAAACUUUGCAGGUUCUAAAAUUAAAGAUGACCAAAACAUGAUCUUUCUCUCUCUCAGUCCUCCAGUGAUAUCUCUCAGAUCAGAGAGUUGCAGGCUGAACUGGAGGAAGUCAAUAAACAGAGACACACACUACAGGAAGAGGUAAGGACUGACAGCUGAGUAAUGUGGGGAGAUGGUGAACUACACAUGCUGUUACUGUGGAUAGGAGACUGGCUGAAUAACACACUCUGCCAUUCCUCUUGUCCUUCGGCCCCUCCUCCUCUCUGUUCCUCUCCUCCCUCUCAGCUUGCAACGAGUGUGGCCAGGGUACAGUUCCUGGAGUCGUCCACCGUGGGCCGUAGUAUCGUCAGUAAGCAGGAGGCCAAGGUGUGUGACCUGGAGAACAAGCUGGAGUUCCAGAGAGGACAGGUCAAGAGGUUUGAGGUAAAACGACAACACAAAAUGGACAGUAACUUUAUCUUACUCUGUCUCUCUUUCACUCUAAUAUCUCUCUCUUUCUCUCAAUUGAAUUCAAUUUAAUGGUGCAAUAUUGGCAUGGUGUACAUAUUGCCAAAGCAGAAAUUCUGAAAUUCUAUAAAUAAUGAAAAUAAUAAUCUCUCAGAAAAAUCUCUUUGUAGGUGCUGGUGCUGCGUCUGAGGGACAGUGUGGUGCGCCUGGGAGAGGAGCUGGAGCAGAGUGCCGAGACAGAGGCCAGGGAGAGAGAGAACAGUCAGUACUACCAACAACGCCUCCACGACAUGAGACAUGAGAUGGAAGACCUGGCUCAGAGAGAACAUGACAGCAGCCGCAGACGCAUGGAGCUGGUAACACACACUAUACACUGAUUGUACAAAACAUUAAGGACACCUUCCUAAUAUAGAGUUGCACCCCCCCACCCCUUUUGCCCUCAGAACAGCCUCAAUUCGUCGGUACAUGGACUCUACAAGGUGUCGAAAGCAUUCCACAGGGAUGCUGGCCCAUGUUGACUCCAAUGCUUCCCACAGUGGUGUCAAGUUGGCUUGAUUGCCUUUGGGUGGUGGACCAUUCUUGAUACACACGGGAAACUGUUGAGCGUGAAAAACCCAGCAGCGUUGCAGUUCUUGACACAAACCGGUGCGCCUGGCACCUACUACCAUACCCAUUCAAAGGCACUUCAAUAUUUUGCCUUGCCAUUCACCCUUUGAAUGACACAUUCACCCUUUGAAUGGCACACAUACACAAUCCAUGUCUCAAUCGUCUCAAGGCUUAAAAAUCCUUCUUUAACCUGUCUCCUCCCCUUCAUCUACACUGAUUGAAGUGGAUUUAACAAGUUACAUCAAUAAGGGAUCAUAGCUUUCACCUGGAUUCACCUGGUCAGUCUAUGUUAUGGAAAGAGCAGGUGUCCUUAAUGUUUUGUAUACUCAGUGUACACACACUCAUACACACACUGUACACACACAAACACAUACUCAUAUACAUGCUACACACACUAUACACACCUCACAAAGAGAGAACAGGAUAGUAGCCGCAGACAUAUGACACACACACACACACGAGAGCAGGGCGGUAUCUGUAGUGAUUGUGUUGUGUGUGUUUCUGUGUAUGUAGGCUAUAGGUAUGUGUGUGUAUAUAUGUGCCUGUUAUGUAUUCUGAGUGUCAGUAACACUGAUGCCCUUUCACAACCUAAUGUCCAACCACGCAGACACACAAAGCGAGAUACAAACACACACACUCACUCUCUGUCUCCCCUGCAUUCUCUCUCUAGCUGUGCCACUGUCUGGCUGUGAUUAAUCCUCAUAGCCUUCUCAAGGUUAAGGACACACACACACCCCAUCCCACUCCCCGUGUCUCUAUGACAACCACUAACCCCCCCCCCCCACACGUGUGUGUGCGUCAUAAAGGGUGUAUGUCAUAUGUACACUUCAUGUCAUGUGCGCUAGUGUGUGUCGUACAUUUGAGUGAAUGAGCUAGUGUUUGUGUGUGUGUGUGUGUGUGUGAGAGGGAGAGAGAGAUGACAGGAUGAGAGCAGGGAAAGGGGAAGAUUAAUAGAUCAAUCACUCUCUUCUUUCUGUCUACGGAAAAAUGCUCCUCGAGAACCCUGACAAACACACAUACACACUCUACAGGAAGGCCCAGGACCCGCGGGUGUGUGUGUUUGUGGGUAUGUGUACCACAGUAUAUGACUGAUGGUAUGAUAAGAAAUGGGCAUUAUUAUAAGACUCAUCCAUAUUGGCCUGUAUUGAAUAGCAUGGAUAAACUUACAGUUGGCCUCUGGCACGGACGCACGCACGCACACACACACACACACACACACACGUUCUUAGCGUUCCUUGUGGCAUGUCUGUCACCUCACCUAUGGACACAUCUCUCACCUCACCUAUGGACACAUCUCUCUUUUUCUCUCUCUCUGUUCUCAGGAGAUGCAAGUGACGGAGCUGAGUGCAGUCAGACAGACAUUACAAGCCGAUCUAGAGACAUCCAUCCGCCGUAUUGUUGAUCUGCAGGCCGCACUGGAGGAGGUGGAGUCUAGUGACGAGAGUGAUGAUGAUGAGAGGUAUUAGUAUCUUACUGUGUUUGAUGGUGUGAGAGAGGUAUAGGGGCAGGGUUAAAGUAAUGAUGUGUGUUGGAAGAAUGACUCUGUUAGGAGUUAGGUGGUCCCGUGUAGCUCAUUUGGUAGAGCAUGGCGUUUGCAACGCCAGGGUUGUGGGUUCGAUUCCCAGUAUGAAAAUAAAAAAAACGUAUGCACUCACUAACUGUAAGUCGCUCUGGAUAAGAGCGUCUGCUAAAUGACUAAAAUAUAAAUGUAAAAUGAGUCAAGGACAGGUACAGGUGUGUUCACAAGGAAGUUACAUUAUCACUGAUCUGACCACUGACCUUUGACCCCUCUCCCCAAGUGUUGCGACGGCUGUGGAAUCCUUGACUAGAAAGAGAGACCUGUAAGAACCCUGGGUCCCUGUGUGUGUGUGCGUGUGCGUGUGCGUGUGCGUGUGCGUGUGCGUGUGCGUGUGCGUGCGCGUGCGUGUGCGUGUGCGUGUGCGUGUGCGUGUGCGUGUGCGUGUGCGUGUGCGUGUGUGUGUGUGCGUGUGUGUGUGCGUGUGCGUGUGCGUGUGCGUGCGUGUGCGUGCGUGUGUGUGUGUGUGUGUUUUCAGACCAGUCUGUUCUCUGACUUGAUCCCAGGGCUGUUGAUGAUGUGGACAGACAGAGCAUGUUGCAAUGCUAGUUGUGAGCUGAAUAGCCUUGUUGUGAGCUGAAUAGCCUUGUUGUGAGCUGAAUAGCCUUGUUGUGAGUGGCUGUGUGCAUGGCUAGAUGUCUGAGCUGUCUGACUGCUCCAUUCUACAGAGGCACUUAGCUCCAAAACCCUGUUGGUUUGUCUUGUGGUCUGUGUGUGGACAAGUUCGAGAACCACAUGGCUGGAGCAAAGAAAUACACGCACACACGUUUAAGAGACACAAGAAGCUUUUCUCUGUUCUAAGGGGUGUGUUUGAGAGUUCACCAGCUGUGAUAUUCUUGUCUUCAAUAAAGCAUGGUACUUACAGUACAGAAGCCAGUUCUGCUCUCUCUCUCUCUCUCUAUCUCACUCUCUCCCUCCUGUCCCUCUCUAUCAUCAUUUUACCGUUCCCUCUCUCAAUCUCGCCUGCUCUGUCGCUUCUCCAUCCCUCUCUCUGUUCUCUUCAACUUCUCUUCCUUGACCUAUUACUUUUUAAUUCUCGCUCCCUCCAUCUACCUCUCUUCCACCUCUCUCUCUCCCACCUCUCUCUCUCUCCCACCUCUCUCUCUUCCCCUCCUCUCUCCACCUCUCUCCUCUCCUCUCUCUCCCACCCUCUCUCUCUCACACCCUCUCUCUCUCUCUCUCCCACCUCUCUCUCUCCACCCCUCUCUCUCCCACCUCUCUCUCUCCCACCUCUCUCUCCCACCCCUCUCUCUCCCACCCUCUCUCUCCCACCCCUCUCUCUCCCUCACCCUCUCUCCCACCCUCUCUCUCCCCCUCUCUCUCCACCUCUCUCUUCCCCUCCUCACCUCUCUUCUUCCACCUCUCUCUCCCACCCUCUCUCUCCCACCAUCCUCUCUUCCACCUCUCUCUCCCCCCUCUCUCUCUCCCACCUCUCCUCUCCACCUCUCUCUCCACUCUCUCUCUCUCUCUCCACCUUCUCUCUCUCCCACCUCUCUCUCUCCCACCUCUCUCUCUCCCACCUCUCUCUCUCCCACCUCUCUCUCUCCCACCUCUCUCUCUCCCCACCUCUCUCUCUCCCUCCUCUCUCCCCCUCUCUCUCUCCCACCUCUCUCUCUCCCACCUCUCUCUCUCCCACUCUCUCUCCCACUCCUCUCUCUCUUCCCACCUCUCUCUCUCCCACCUCUCUCUAUCCCACCUCUCUCUCUCCCACCUCUCUCUCCCACCUCUCUCUACCACCUCUCUCUCUUCCACCUCGCUCUCUCCCACCUCUCUCUCUCUUCCAUCUCUCUCUCCCACCUCUCUCUCUCUUCCACCUCUCUCUCUCUUCCACCUCUCUCUCUUCCACCUCUCUCUCUUCCACUCUCUCUCCCACCUCUCUCUCUUCCACUCUCUCUCUCCCACCUCUCUCUGGGGGCGCUGAUGGCAGAUGGGAGAGGUGGUAGUUAGUUAAUAUACAGUACCAGUAUGUGACCUGAGUGUGAAUGUCUGACACCCUGACUGUGUCUCCAAUAUAAUCUGCCACCACCUCCAGUCUCACAGCAGGAGAGAGAGGACACAGAGACAGGGACAGGAAAUGUCCUGUGGCUGACCCUGGCUUAGAAGUCUUGCAUCACUGGCUGUGUAGCGUCACGUGUCUUCUCUCUCUUGGUAGUAUGUGUGAUCUCUGCCUCUCAGUGACACUGUGUGUGUGUAUUUCUCUCUUCCUCAGCGACAGUGUGUCUAGUGUUGGUUCUCAAUCUCUGGGCACGGAGGAUGUUGGCGAGGGCAUCCGUCAUUGGCUGGGCGUUCCCCGAGGGGAGGCUAGGGGGGGCUCUCCCUGUGGCAGCAGUACCAUCAGCAACCAGUCGGGGCGCCAGUCUGUCACAGACACCAUGAGCACUUACAGCUUCCGGUGAGUCGUCAGUUCAGUUUGAUUUAGUACAGUUCAACUUGAAUAAUUCAAUUCAAUAGUAACUGCAUAGAUACUAAUCCUCUUUUAUAUGUCAAAUGUUUGAUUCUCCUUUCUCUUCCUCUCCCCCAGCUCCUGUGUGGACCCAGAUGAGGAGGGUUCAGAACCAGGGGGUUGGGUUGGUAAUGGGGAUAGUUCAGGCCCUGGUCGGGCCUCCUCCUCCGCCCUCUCCGAGCUGUUAGAGGGUCUUCGUAAGCGGCGAGGGAGGGCAGAGACCGGGGAAGGGGGUGGCAGUACUAUUUCUCUCCCUAUCUACCAGACCACUGGGGACUCAACCCUCCGCCGCAGAGCCUCAGCCCUCUCCUUGGGCCCCAAGGACCUUCAGGAGCCCCGCAGCAUCCUCAAACCUCCUUCCCCACUACUGCCCCGAGCCGCCAGCCUGCGCAUUAUAAGCGAACCCCAGGCUUCAUCUGCAGCCUCCAGGGACUCCGGAGCCAAACGCUACAGCUCCGCCGACUCGCUCUCCUCCCUCCCCUCUCUCCCCCUCACCUCCCCCACUGCUUCCUGCUGUCGCCCACCCACUAUCUCCAUCCCCGAGGAAGACUGUGAAGAACCAAUCAGAUCCCUGCGCUCGCCCCAGCCAAUGAGACGUAGGCUGCUGGAGAGAGUUGUCAGCGAGGGCGGUGGAGAGGGCUGUCUGGGGUCGGAACCCAUGGUGUUCCAGAACCGCCGUCUCCUAGGUGACAGUAACCGUGACGACGCAGCCUCUGACAUUCUGCCGGCCAUCCGACGGGCCCAGUCCAACAGCAGCCUGGCCAAUUCAGUCAGAGGGGGUCGGAGGGCACUCAGUGUCCACUUUGGGGAGCUGCCCCCCUCCACACGCAGCAGGAAGGGCUCUGACUCCAGCUCCACCAGCUCAGGGUCUGGGGGGAGCUCCCAGGGAGGAGGGGUGAGGUGUAGGGGGGGUGCAGGGCUGCAGGGAGAGAGGCUGGAGGCGGAGGGAAGUGAGGGUGGAGACGUGGCUUCUGUCAUGAAGAAAUACCUGAGGAAGAGUCAGGACAUGAGGAAGAGUGAGGUUGACUAAGAGGAGAGGAGAGAGGCUGAGGUGAGGUGUAGCAUAGAAACAUGCACGCACUGUAAGGCAGUCAACACUACAACGUUUGAUGUAUUCUAAUGCGUUCCUCUCUUCUGCUCUGUUCCCUCUCCCUCUGUUUUCUUUCCUCUUCCCCUCGCUUUCUCUCCCCAGCCUGCAUGUGUGUGUGAGGAAGGAUAAACUGAAGCCACUCACAGAGAUCCCUAUGCAAGCUGCAAGGAGUCACACUCAAGCCAAAGAGCCAUUGAAGAUAUACACACUCGUGCCAAAGAAUCAAUGAAGAUAGAUACACACUUA